GCCCUUUAAGAGCGACAGACAUGAUCCACAAGCAGGAGAAGCAGGAGUGAUUUCCUCUUGCGCCGCUACGAUGUAACGGCUCACUACACCGGAGACGAGCCCAUGACUACAGUGUGACUUCACUUAAGAGUUUUUAUAUCACCCUGGGCUAUUUUUGUGGCCCAGUAGUGAUUUACAGAGCGGAUAGAGACGUUUAUUAGAGGAUGGCCGCGGAUGUGGAUAAAACUCCUGCUGGAGAGCCAAAGGAUGAUCGCGCGACUCCAUCCAGCAGACGCGCCCGCUCACGUUUCAAGCAACUCUCCGGUUUAUUUCUAAUCGCUGCUGUUCCUUUCUUCGGCUUUUGCAUUAAAUAUUACCAGGACAUCCAGCUUGUGAAACGCCAUGAGGCAGGAUUGAAGGCGCUGGGAGCAGACGGACUCUUUUUCUUCUCAUCCCUGGAUACAGAUGAUGACCUCUAUCUCAGUCCAGAGGAAUUCAAACCUAUUGCAGAAAAACUCACAGGUGUGGCACCUCCCCCAGAGUUUGAAGAGGAGAUACCACCUGAUCCGAAUGGAGAGACGCUGAUCCUGCAUGCUAAAAUGCAGCCGUUACUGCUGGAAAGCAUGACUAAGAGCAAAGAUGGCUUUCUAGGGGUUUCACACAGUUCUCUUAGUGGGCUGAGAUCUUGGAAACGUCCAGCUGUUCCCUCAUCCAUGUUUUAUGCCAGUCAGUUCAAGGUCUUCCUGCCACCCAGUGGUAAAUCAGCCCUGGGUGACACUUGGUGGAUCAUUCCCAGCGAACUGAACAUCUUCACCGGCUACCUUCCCAACAACCGCUAUCAUCCUCGCACACCACGAGGCAAAGAGGUACUGAUCCACUCUCUGCUGAGUAUGUUCCACCCGCGGCCUUUUGUGAAAUCCCGCUUUGCUCCACAGGGGGCUGUGGCUUGUAUACGGGCUGCUAGUGAUUUCUAUUAUGACAUUGUUUUCAGAAUCCAUGCUGAGUUCCAGCUAAAUGACGUUCCAGACUUUCCAUUCUGGUUCACUCCUGGGCAGUUUGCUGGUAACAUCAUCCUCUCCAAAGAUGCUUCUCAUGUCCGAGAGUUUCACCUCUACGUCCCAAAUGACAAAUCUCUGAAUGUGGACAUGGAGUGGCUUUAUGGGGCCAGUGAGAGCAGCAACAUGGAGGUGGAUAUUGGAUACCUGCCUCAGAUGGAGCUCAGGGCAGAAGGUCCCUCCACUCCCUCAGUGAUCUAUGACGAGCAGGGGAACAUGAUUGACAGCCGAGGGGAAGGAGGAGAGCCCAUUCAGUUUGUCUUUGAGGAGAUUGUCUGGAGUGCAGAGCUGAGCAGAGAAGAAGCAUCCAGACAUCUGGAGGUCACAAUGUUCCCAUUUAAAAAGGUGCCAUAUUUACCAUUCAGUGAGGCCUUUAGCAGAGCUGAUGCAGAAAAGAAGCUGGUUCACUCCAUCCUGCUCUGGGGGGCCCUGGAUGACCAGUCAUGCUGAGGUUCUGGGCGGACUCUUCGAGAGACAGUCCUCGAGAGUUCGCCCGUUUUGGCCUUGCUCAACCAGAGCUUCAUCAGCAGCUGGGCUCUAGUCAAAGAGCUGGAGGAUCUGCAGAGUGAUAAGAAGAAUCUGGACUUGAGUAAAAAGGCUCGUUUACAUUUGGAAAAGUAUACUUUUCCAGUGGAGAUGAUGGUGGCGCUGCCCAACGGCACUGUGGUCCAUCACAUCAAUGCUAAUAAUUUCCUGGACCAGACAUCCAUGAAACCAGAAGAGGAAGAGGGGCCUGCUAUCAGUUUCUCAGCAGGUUUUGAGGAUCCUUCAACUUCUACAUACAUUCGCUUCCUACAGGAAGGACUCGAAAAGGCCAGACCUUACCUGAAAUCAUAAAACUGUUUCUCUCCAGAAACACUGAUGCACAUUGAAUGAAUAUAUGAGGGAGAAAGAAAGGAAGCACUGAUAUCAGCUCUGCUCCCCCGUGUCUGAUUUUAGGAACGGAAUGUGGAGGAGCUGAUGUAAUUUCUUCAUUCAGAAGGCAGCUGGUGGCCACAUCUUAGAGUGACAUUCCAUGUAAAAGUGCACAAUAUAACAUCGUUGUCACAAGAGUGUGGUAUGUCACACAGUGAAACCUAUAGGGUGUUUAACUGUACACAACACAAUCUCAAUUAAGUCAUAUAUUUUUAUAUAGAAAAUUUGCCGAUUUUUGUGCAAACCUUACUCUUCCUGAGUGACGAAUGUCAUUAGUCUGAUCCAUUGUUCAGACUAAUGAACUGAAACGGCAUUAUGUUGUAUAUUGGUCUGAUGAAACCACUUUUAUACUUUUUUUGUUUCAUACAUACAAAGCCACUUAUGUUUUGCUGCAUAAUUUUUGUUUGUUAUUCCAGAUAGUCCUGUAGGACACAGAACGUUGCUGACUGGCUUCCUCGAUUAGGCAGUUUGUGAUGGUCUGGUCUGAAAGCCCAAUCAGGGUGAGACGAGGCCUGAUGUUGUUGUUUAAGUCUGUGGAAGCAACGUCUGCUUUUCUGUGUCUGAACAGAACACUGGCACUAUGCUAAAACACACACAAAGCGAAGCUUUGGAUUUCAGCUCAAUCACACAGCUGCAGGAAAGCUGCCAUGGGCUCUAAUAUAUCACGCCUGAAAUCCACUUUUGGCUAAGGGUGGAGGUACGUAAUGGUCAGUUAGGAACAUCAAAUUUUUUUUGUCUUUUAUAAAUUAAAUAUAAUGCAAAAAGCUCCCAUGCACUCACGUCUGAUCACGUCUACCGCAUUUAAGCUGAAGACCAGAGUAGAAACGGGAAGGAAUACUAGAUUUAAAAUGUAAGUUGGCGUAGUGUUCAUUGUCUUUAAACGGUGCAAUAGGUUGUUAAUCUUUUCAGCAGAUAACUUUUGCACUACUGUUCAAAAGUUUGGGAUCAUAUUAGAAAAUCAUUCUAAUAUGCUGAUUUGCUGCUCAAAAAACGUCCGGAUCAAUGUUGAAAAUAGUUGCUGCUUAAUAUUUUUUGUAGACACUGUGAUACAUUUUUUAAAAGUGAAAUAGAUGACUAGAAUGUUCAACAGAAAUCUUUUGUAACAUCAUAAAUGUUUUUGCUGUCAUUUAAGAUCAAUUUAAUAUGUCCUUGCUGAAUAAACAUUACAAUUUUUACUGACCCCAAACUUUUGAAUGGUAGAGCAUGAAAUAACAUCCCUAUAACUGCAGUUUUGUGUAAAUGCAAUUCUCUACUGGCGUCAAAUAAAAACAUUGUGAUUUUUGUUUUUAUAUAUAUAAAUAAAACAGUGUUGUUGUUGUUAA